UGUCUCGUCAUAGAAACCACCGCGCUGCUUCUAUCCUCUACCGCUCCUCACCACAUCACCCAAAAGUGCCAUUUCUGACGGCCUCCAAUCACCUCAACAACCGCAGGCGUCAUUGAACCUUCUCGCAGCUCGCCGCACCCACGCCGCCCACCAUGUCCACCUUCCAGCACCGCGCUGUGCUCGCCGAGCAAGCACACGUUCCCGACAACAUGCGGCCCGCAAAAGACGGAACUAUCGUUUUCCUUCCCGCAGAGAACCGCAGCACGGGGCACUUCAGCAAGACGGUCGAGCGGGUACAGGGCUCCGGGGCGACGUUCGAGAAUGACAUCUCGGAACGCACGACCGGUAUUAUCUGGCUCGACCCUAGCCCCAAGAACCUGCCGCUGCUGGAGAAGACGCUGAAGGAGACAGAACACAUCAAGUGGAUCCAGCUACCCAUGGCAGGCGUCAACGCCUACUCGCAGCUGAUCAUGUCCGACGUGGGAAAGCACCGGCUCUGGACCUCCGCGAAAGGCGCCUACGCCCAACCUGUCGCAGAGCACGCGCUGAUGCUGUCCCUGGCAUUGCUGCGCUUCAUCCCUAGACGCGUCCUCGCCUCCUCAUGGGGCUCGCCUGCCGCCGAGUCGCUCUUCGGCCAAAACGUGCUGGUCAUCGGCGCCGGCGGCAUCGCGCUUUCGCUGAUAGAUCAGCUAGCACCAUUCAGCUGCUCCAUCACUGUCCUGCGGCGGUCCGUCGACGGUGCCUGGCCCGAGCACCUGAAACACGUUAAGAUCGACUCGUUCACCAACCUCGACAAAUACCUCCCACAUGCUGGCAUCGUCUACCUCGCUGCCGCUGCAACGAAGGAAACCGCAAAUUUGUUCACGUUGAAGCAGUUCGAGAACAUGCAGCGCAAAGCGAUCAUCGUGAAUGUCGCGCGUGGCGAGCUGAUCAAGACCGACGACCUUGCCAUCGCACUCGAGAAGAAUCUCAUCCUCGGCGCAGGACUCGACGUCACUGCGCCGGAACCCCUUCCGGAAGAUCAUAAGCUAUGGCAGCUCGCCAAGGAUGGGGAGAAGAACCUGAUCAUUACGCCGCACACGGCCGACACGCCUGAACAGAUCAUACCGCUCCUGUCGCAACGAUGGAACGACAACAUCCAAGCCGUUCUCAGCGGCAGCGGCAAAUUUGUGGGGGUCAUUGACAAUGCACAGGGUUACUAAUCGCACACACCAGCUGGCGUAGACGUCCGUGUUAGAAGCUAGACCAAAGGGAAGAAUAGAUGGGUAAAGACGAU